AUGGGCAAGUUUACGAGGGCAGAAUGGUCACAUGGAAUGGGCUUACUUGAAAUAUCCUCAUCGCCAGUUCUAGCCCAAGCUUUGAGAGAGCUCGACGAUCUCCUUAUCCGUGAUAAGCAGGCGCUUACUCGCUCAGCUUCCACUUUGAGUCAAGGGAAGAAGCGUGGCGGUGCGAGCAAACGAGAGCCCUACAACCGAACUCGUUACUGGCAGUAUGCCUCUGACCGGAAAGCUGCUUUCGCAGAUCUCUAUCAGUUUUGCUUCACGUUUGCGAAGCCACCACAAGCACGAAACAUCGACUUAGAGACGGCCAUGGCGCUGUGGUCAGUGCUUCUUGCUCCACGAUAUCCAAUCAUCAAUGAUUUGACGACCUUCUUGACUGAGAAAGGCACAUACAAAGGUGCAAAUAAGGACAUUUGGAACAUGGUGCAUGAGUUCUGCCGCGCUGUGGACCCUUCCUUGGACAAUUACGAAGCGGAUGGGGCCUGGCCGUCAUUACUCGAUGACUUCGUUGGAUGGGCGAAGAGUAAGGAGCCUGUUCCGGUCAAGGAGGAGUGGUAG